ACCUCAAUUGCAUUUAUUGAUGAUUGAGAAACUUGUUUUCUAAAAUUCAAAGUCAAGGGGUUCAUUAAAGAAGAAACUUAUGCAAUUCAUAUUUCCUGGUAAUAUUCCCGCAUUGCCCAGGCGGCCAAACGAAGCACCGAUUGCUUUUGGUGGUUUCCGCCAUCCAUACAAGGCAGUUGUCUCUGGUGGUAGUUGCGACUGUACAACUCGGAGACGGCGGAGAAACGCCGAUAUGAAAGCGCCGUCGAAAACUCUCAAGAAACCCAAGGUAGAGGAGGAAGAAAAUGGAGAAGAAGUAGAAGAAACCACUAGAGAAGAGCAAGAAGAGGCAUUCCUUGCUUUGAUCGAGCAUCGUACUAGAGAAGUUGAACACCUCCGGAAGCGUGUCGCCUAUUACCAAUCUGAGCUUGCUCAAGCAGAGAAGAGGUUAGAAGACUCACAAUCUAAAUUGGCUCGCCUUCGAGGACAGCAGAUUGUGGCAUCGCCUAGUGGUCCUGUUGCAAUUAGUAAUGGACAUGUGAAGGUGGAGCACGGAUCGACUAGUCCUCUACAUAUCAAUGAAGGUCUACAUAUCAAUGAAGGUUCCAAAAGUCAGGCUUAUUCUAGAACAGAACUUGUAAUCCCUUCUGUGAACCAAAAGAUUUCCCAACCUCUAAAAUCAGUGGGCUCUGCCAUGAAGGCUAUUAGUGGUUCUGGUGGUGAAGAAAAUCCUUCCAGUUCCUCAAAUAGUGCUACAAAAGUAAAUGCUGAGAAAUCUGCUAGACAUUCUAGUAAUCUGGGAGUUGCUGAAAUGAAAGACAGAGGAGCUAAGAGGAAGUUUGAACAAAAAGAACACAAGGAAUUGAUUCCUUUGAUACGGAAAGCCUCUUCACCAUGCACAGUCCAUUGUCAUGCGAGCACAUACAUCCCUAGUCAGCACAAGAGAAAGUUGAGAGGUCUUGCAUUGUGUCCAGUGAAUGAUCAGCUUUUUGUUACAAGUGCAUUGGAUGGAAACAUCAAGUUGUGGCAAAUUCAGUCUAGGGGGUCAUCUGCUUCAUCUCUUCGUCUUGACAACUGUACAUCACCUGGGCAAAGAUGGCCAGAAGAUAUAGCCUGGCACCCCCAGGGAGACUGUGUUUUCUCCACAUAUGCUGCUGAUUCUGGUGAUUCUCAGAUAUCAAUCUUGAAACUGAACACACAAGGGAAAGGUCGUGUGACUUUCUUAGAGGAUAAGCCUCACUCUAAAGGUAUUAUCAACAGUAUAGCAUUCAUGCCAUGGGAAAAUACCUGUUUUGUCACCGGUGGAAGUGAUCAUGCUGUUGUACUUUGGAGUGAACGAGAUGUGGAGAAUUCUUGGAAGCCAAAGACACUGCACAAAAAUCUGCAUUCCUCUGCUGUCAUGGGAGUUGCUGGGAUGCAGGAAAAGCAGAUUGUGUUGUCUGUGGGGGCAGACAAGAGAAUUGUAGGGUUUGAUGUGCAUGUUGGACGAGCAGACUUCAAGCAUCAGAUAGACAGCAAAUGCAUGAGUGUUCUACCAAAUCCUUGUGAUUUCAACCUAUUCAUGGUUCAAGCUGGGACUCAUGAAAAGCAGCUCCGACUAUUUGAUAUUAGAUUGAGGCAGACAGAAAUCCAUGCUUUUGGGUGGAAGCAAGAGAGUAGUGAUUCACACUCAGCUCUGAUAAACCAGGCUUGGUCUCCUGAUGGGUUAUACCUCACGUCUGGUUCAGCAGACCCUGUCAUCCACAUUUUCGAUAUCAGGUACAAUGCACAAAAGCCAUCUCAAUCCAUAACAGCUCAUCAGAAAAGAGUGUUCAAAGCAGAAUGGCACUCCUCUCUUCCCCUUCUAAUAUCCAUAUCUUCCGACUUAACCGUGGGAUUGCACAAGAUCUAGUUGAAGUUAAAUCCAAGCAUUCUGCCUUUAUUCCUCAUUUUGUUUUUAUGGAGCUGGAGGGGAGUAAUUCUAGUCUAGUUUAGUAAAAAUCGAAUCAGAAUCUGAAUGAAGGUGAUAAAUAGUUCAGGAGAAGCCUCAACUCUCUGUUAUUGGUUUCUAGGUGGUUUAAAUUUGAGAGGCUUUGUCAUAAGAAUUUUGGUUGCAAUGAACAUAUGUACACAAUUACAAAUUCCAACUUAUAGAAAAGUUCCAAGUAUGAAAUCUUAAAAACCCCUUUGUUUUUGGGGACAAUACUAAGUUGG